AUGUCCAGCCGAGAGAGUCCUGCUGUGGAGUUUUCUACAACGACAGUCAGUUCAGUAGCUGUGCAGGCUGGGGACUCCAAAAUCGUUAUAGCUGUCAUAAAGUGUGGCAAAUGGAUACAACUUCAGUUGGCUGAAUCACAGCCCAAUCUUCUAGAAAUUGGAAGCAAUCAAGAUGAAACCAAAAAACUUCUUCACGAUCAUGAACUUCUUUUGGCCAAACUCAAGGCUUUGGAAGAUCGAGUAUGGGAACUCCUGCAAGAAGCAGACAGGACUGCUGAAGAGAACAAGGAUCAGAGUCAGGUCUAUGAUGCCAUGGCCGAGACGCUGGGUGAAGCAUGGGCAGCCCUGGUAUCCAUGCUUGAGAGGAGGAGGGAACUUCUCAGAUUGACCUCUGAAUUUUUUGAAAAUGCCUUGGAGUUUGCCAUUAAAAUAGACCAAGCAGAAGAUUUCCUCCAGAACACUCAGGAGUUUGAGAGUGCCGAGUCCUUGAAAUCACUCCUUCAACUUCAUGAACAUCAUACCAAAGAACUCUUAGAACGAUCUCUAGCCCUUUUAAACAAAAGUCAAGAACUCACUGACUUCAUAGAAAAAAUCAAGAGUGAUGGACCCAAUGUAAAUGCUGAGAUGAUUCAGGGAGCUCAAAACAGCUGCCUGAAGAUCGACAGUCUUCUUGAACUUCUCCAAGACAGGAGGCGGCAACUAGACAAGUACCUGAAACAACAGCAGCAGGAGCUGAGUCAGGUUCUGCAGAUGUGUCAGUGGGACCAACAGGAAAGUCAGGUCACUUGUUGGUUUCAGAAAACUAUAAGAGAUUUAGAGGAACAAGGUCUAGGUACAUCUCUUUCAGACAACGAGGAGCUUAUUCGUAAGCAUGAGGAACUGAUAAUAAAAGCAAAGGAAUGGAAUGCUGUGAUCGAGACGCUGAAGAGUGAGGCGCUGGGGCUUCUCCUCUCCAAGGAGCAGGUGCAGAACGAACACCUGCAGCUCUCUAACCAGAAACUGAAUCAGCUUCAAGAGGAGUUUGGUCGGCUCAUGGAGGAAAGGAAAAGCUGGCUAAGAAAGGCAAAUGAGUUUUUUAACAGCGCAAACAAGGCAUUUGAUGCACUUGGAAGAGUUGAAGCUUACCUUAAGCUCCUUAAAUCAGAGGGUUUAAGUCUGCCUGUCUUGGCGGCGAGGCAUGAGGAAUUACACAGAGAAAUUAAAGACUGCACAGCUGAUGCUUUGCAGAAAGGACAAGCCUUGAUCAGCCAACUAGCUUCCUGCAGCUCUCGGCUGACCGGUGUCCGUGAGAUUAUGGGCUGCCUCAGAAGACGGGUAGAACAUUUGACUGAACAGUGUUCGGCGCACAGGGAAUUUGCUCUUAAGAGACAGCAAUUCACAGCCUCGGUGGAGGGCCACCUAAGAGAGGUUGAAAUGUCCAUUCAGAAAAUCAGCACAAUACUUUCCAAUGCAAUGGAUGUCGGUUCCAGCCUUUCUGAAUCAGAGAAGAUUUUGAGUAAAUAUCUGGAACUAGAUAAACAAGCUGAGGCGACAUCACAUGAAUUAGAAGCAGCUGCAAAACUCUUGACAGAGAAACAUGAUUUUGAACUUGAUGAACUGGCAUCGCUUUCUGCUAAAGCUAAAUGGCUAGAGGAAGAAUUAAACAUAUUUGGCCAAAGCAUCAACUCCAGGUCACAAGUCCUGCAAACUUAUGUGGCAUUUCUAAAGUCAUCGGAGGAGGUAGAGAAGCAAUGUCAGGGCCUAAAGGAGUUUUACCAAACUGAUAUCCUACGAAAGGAGGAGGGCGGUGCUGAAGCCAAGCAUUGGUCUGACUCAGUGGAGAAGCAGUGGCAGCUAUUUUUAAAGAGGAGUUUUUUAACGCAUGACCUUGGGCUCGAGUUCCUUAAUUUAAUAAAUAUGGCAAAAGAAAAUGAAAUAUUAAAUGUGAAAAAUGAAGUACACAUCAUGGAGAACACUAUGGAAAGCCAGAAGGUGGAAAGGGAAGAACUCAGCCGCCUUCGGACAGCCUGGCAACUUAAAGCUGCUGCAAGCAAGCCCGUGAAACAGCAGUGGGCAGCAUUCAAAGAGCAGCUUAGAAAGACCACACACAACUUAAAACUUCUUCAGGAAGCGCUUAUGCCUGUGUCUGCACUUGACCUUGGAGGGAGUCUCCAGACCAUUUUAGGUCUACGGAAAAAAUGGAAUGAAAUGAAGCCUCAGUUCCAGCAACUGAAUGAUGAGGUUCAGUAUAUUAUAAAAGAGUCAGAAGAAUUAAAUGGCAAAGGAGCACCUGUGAAAGAAAAGUCUCAACAGCUGAAGGACCUUAUUCACUUCCAUCAAAACCUGAAACAGAGAAUCCGAGAUUACGAGGACAUCCUAUAUAAGAUUAUCCAGUUCCACCAAGUCAGAGAAGAGCUGGGAAGACUCUUCAAGUCAAGAGAACUGGAGUUUCCAGAACAGGCAAAGGAAAUGAAUGAUGCUCGCAAUGCCCAGGUCCUCCUCAGACGCUCUCAGGCAAAGCAGGUGCACAUAGGCCAUCUCCAUAAACUGGCCCUCUCCUUGGGGGUGGAUGUCAUCUCAUCAGUGCAGCAGCCUAACUGCUCUAACGUUUCUGCAAAGAACCUGCAGGAACAGCUGGACAUGCUUGAAGGGGACUGUCUGACCUGGCGUGCCCAGACCGAGGACCAUGAGCGGGCCCUGACCCGCAGCCUGGAGUUCUGCAUUACAAGGGAUGAGAUAGGCGAGCUCAAAGAAUCAUUCAAAGAAAUAAAAAAGAAGUUCAACAAUUUGAAGUUUAAUUACACUAAGAAAAAUGAAAAAGCUCGAAAUCUAAAAGCUCUCAAAUAUCAAAUUCAACAAGUGGAUAUAUAUGCUGAAAAACUACAGGUUUUGAAAAGGAAAAUGGAAAAAGUUGAGAAUAAAACUUCUUUCUUAAAUUAUCCAAAUAAUAACGUGAAUAUCCUUUUGGAAGCCAUGAGGGAUUUGCAGAAGCAUGUAGAUGAAUUUGACAAAGUUGUAACAGAUUACAGGAAGAAUUUGGACCUGACCGAGCAUCUCCAGGAGUUGAUAGAAGAGUGUCACUUUUGGUAUGAAGAUGCAAGUGCCACAGUUGUAAGAGUUGGAAAGUAUUCCACAGAGUGCAAGACCAAGGAAGCAGUGGAGAUCCUCCACCAGCAGUUCAAAAAGUUUAUCACACCCUCAGUGCCUCAGCAAGAAGAAAGGAUUCAGGAGAUCAGUGACCUCACUCAGCGCUUAUACGGUUUUGAAGAAGGGCAGAAAUAUGCUGAGAAAAUAGUGGCCAAACACAAAGAAGUUCUUGAAUCUGUCACUGAACUUUGUAGCUCUCUCACAGAGCUUGAAGAAAAGCUGAAGCAGGGAGAUGUUUUAAAGUUGAAUCUGAAUUUGGAAGACUUCCAUGAUGACUGCAUUGACCUACUAAAAGAACCAGCGAGAAAUAAGCAGACUAUAUUCAAUGAUGAACACAAUAAGGAGCAGGCCCAGCCAGCAGCCACCUUGGCCGUCAAUGGAGCACGAAAGGGUCAGCUUCCACAGGGCGUGAAGCAGCUGGUCCCCAGCAGAGAGAGUGCCCAAGGCCUGCUUCUGCCUGUGGACGUGCUUUCAGGAGAAGAAUAUGAGUGUGUUUCACCCGAUGACAUCUCCCUGCCUCCAGUCCCAGGAAGCCCUGAUUCUCUCCUCGCUCCGUCUGACAUGGAGCUGGAGGCGCAUGUCAGCCCGUUCCCCCGCCAUCACCUAAGCGGCCACCAGAUGCAGAUGGGGGCCAGCGGUCCAGGAGAGGCCCCAGAAUCUGGCUUUCCUCCACCUGCUGCUUUUGCUGAUGCUUGCAAUAAGAGAGAAACGUUUUCAAGUCAUUUUGAGAAGCCUUCCCCCCAGGUCCAACCUGAGCCCCCAUUAACAUCCCAAGGAUUUCUGGAAAAGAGUACUGCCUUCCACAAAAUCAGUGCUCAACUUCCAGAGAGCAUGUGCAGUGAAGUGCAUGACAGAGCUUCGCAACAGCACCCUCAGGCUCAGGGGCAUUUGCUAGAAACACCAGAGAAAAUGCAUGCUGAUAAUAACGUCACUAAAACCCGAAAUAGGCUGCAUGCUUCCCAGGAUGCAUUCUCAGGCCUCAGGUUUCACCCAGGGCCCAGCCAGGCCUGGCAGAGGCAAAUGGUUCCCCGAGAAGAGAUGAUAAGUACGGCAGCUAAGACCAGCAUGGUCAGCCUAGCUGGCCAGGCCCCUAAUUUCUCCAGGCUCCUGUCUAACGUAACUGUCAUGGAAGGUUCUCCAGUGACUUUGGAAGUCGAAGUAACAGGAUUUCCAGAGCCUACGCUGACAUGGUACAAGAAGGGCCAGAAACUGUCUGCAGAUGGGCAUUUGCAGGUUUUACACAAGGAGACGAGACACUUGGUCUUCAUUCCGAAGGCAUGCGAGGCAGAUGCAGGCCUCUAUGUGGCGCGGGCCCAAAACCCUAGCGGCACUCUCUCUUCCAGUGUCAUCCUCCACGUGACAGGUAACUGCAAGCCGCUCAUCACGAGGAUAAACUGGAUCGUGCUGUGUGUCAUCUAUGUUACUGUGUCCCUUAUGUACUGGCUACUCACACAGUAAUGCAGGGUUGGCACCCAUGGAUGUCUUUCCCAUGAGCCUAAAGGACAACAAUACAGCUGUUUAUUUUCCUGCAUCUCCCAUUUAGCAUCCCCCACCAAGUGUACUUCCAGUCUAGCCAUAUUGCUUUUUUGGCUAAUGCCACAGCUCUGUGAAAUAAUCAAAAUUUCUUUAGUGUUUUAAUGUAUUUGAAGAGCUUGGUAAAUCAUUAGCAGUGAAUCAGGAUACAUCUUUGAAUUCUAGAAAGAGAUGUGUUCAAUAUAAAUCCCAGUCAAAUUAUACUAUCUUUAUUCCCUCCUAAUUUAAGAGCAUGCAAACCAAGGCUUAC